CUCCAGUCCCCCGCAACGACCGUGAUGACUUCGGCAGGAGAGUCGGCUUCCUUUGAAGCGUGGACGCGGUGCGCAACAGCAAUGAAGGAUCACGAAGACGCGAGGAUAGAGGCCUGGAAGGAGGAAAUCGACGCUGAACUCGUUUUCGCUGCCCUAUUCUCUGCCAUUCUGACGGCCUUUGACGUUGAAGCAUACAAGAUGCUACAACCACAGAAUUCUAAUAAUUCCAGUCCUCUCACGUUCAUCACCAUCCAGGCCGAUGGCACUCAGCAAAUAAACGCCAGUGCCCUCAUGAGUAUUCUUGCUGCACAAUCGCUCCCUACCACAGGCCCCUCUCCACGCUACUCUGUCGCCAUCAACGCCCUAUGGUUCUCAGCCCUUAUCUGUAGUCUCGCAGCCGCCUCCAUCAGCAUCCUCGUCAGACAAUGGCUCAACCAGUACACUAGCGGGCUAGCUAGCGUAUCCCCCGAGAUUGCCCGGGUACGCCAGUUUCGUCGCGAUAAUUUGAAGAAAUGGAGAGUCGCCGAAAUCAUGAUGCUCCUCCCCGUCCUCCUCCAGGGUGCUAUGGUUCUCUUUCUCAUUGGCCUCGUUCUGUUUCUGGAGCAGCUCAACACGGAAAUCACAUACAUCGCAACCAUCCUUGUUGCCAUCUUGCUCUUCUUCAUCCUUCUCACCACUAUCCUCCCGACCUUCAACGACGACUGCUCCUAUCAGUCCCCUCAGGCUUGGGGUUUCUUCGUCAUUUUCCAGGGCUUCAAGCGCCCUCUGCGUAGCAUCUGCCGUUCCAUCUCCGCCUGGGUGGCCCGCGAACGCAUGCUUGUAGAGGCAUCCGGCUCUGUUCUCGACCAGCACCUCGUCGUCGAGGCGGACGCCACCUUCCUCGACGACGCCUUUUUGCGAGACGUCGUUCGGCCUUGCCUCGACGACAUGCCCCCGGACGCAGCGAUGAAAGCGUACUACAAUAUCAUGACACACCGCGCGGACCGCAUCGAGGGUGGGGUGCCCUACUUCGACAGCCGGAACGGUCGCACGGAGUCGGUCGCAGUUCUGACCGACCUCACGCUCGACGCGCUCCACAGGACACGCGGGGUACCGACACGAGCGGCCCACGACGACGCACUCCGCACUAUCCGCAUCCUCGAGCCGCUGCUCGUCCGUGCUCUGCCGCUGACCUACGACCACUUCUGUCGCGUAUUCUUCGCGCUUUCCAAUGACCCGGACGAGAAGGUGCGGCAUGUUGCCUUCAACGUCCUCUAUCAUCAGCUGUGGAGGAACUUGGAGUUGGCCGACGUGCACUUCGCUGGAGGUUGUCACGGUACGUGUAGUCGCUAA